GGAGCGCGGCCGUGGGGGCCGGGCCGGGCCGUGUUUGCCGGGGCUCUCCCCCUGCCCCGGAAGUCCCGCGCUCCCGGAAGUCGCGCUACCCUCUCGGUCUCUUUCCGCCGCCAUCUUGGGCCCCGCUCCCCGCACAAAAUGCCCGGCGAAGCCACAGAAACCGUCCCGGCCACGGAGCAGGAGCUGCCGCAGCCGCAGGCGGAGACAGGGUCUGGCACAGAGUCCGACAGCGAUGAAUCCGUACCAGAGCUCGAAGAGCAGGACUCCACACAGGCCACGACGCAGCAGGCACAGCUCGCGGCAGCAGCCGAAAUAGACGAAGAACCCGUCAGCAAAGCAAAACAGAGCCGGAGCGAGAAGAAAGCUCGCAAGGCAAUGUCCAAGCUGGGCCUUCGCCAGGUGACAGGAGUCACCCGAGUGACCAUCCGGAAAUCCAAGAACAUCCUCUUUGUCAUCACAAAGCCAGACGUGUACAAGAGCCCGGCGUCAGACACCUACAUCGUCUUUGGCGAGGCCAAGAUUGAAGACCUGUCCCAGCAGGCUCAGCUGGCAGCUGCUGAAAAGUUCAAAGUGCAAGGAGAACCUGUUUCCAACAUCCAGGAAAACACACAGACCCCCACGGUGCAGGAGGAGAGCGAGGAAGAGGAGGUUGAUGAAACCGGCGUGGAGGUGAAAGACAUCGAGCUGGUGAUGUCACAGGCGAACGUGUCGCGGGCGAAGGCCGUGCGAGCCCUCAAGAACAACAGUAACGACAUUGUAAACGCGAUAAUGGAACUGACGAUGUAGCCGCCGGAGGGAGGAGCCUUUUUUGGUGUUUCAGAGAAGAGUAAAAUACAACUAAAUUUAAAAUUUGUACUAUUUCUAUCAGUUAAUAAAGUUGUGGCUUAUUGUUGGUGAAA